ACAAACACACACGAGCGGUGGCUUGUUUUGGUCUGGUACGGCUUCGCAAAAUAAGAAAACUCAGUGACUUUUGGAGGAACUUAUGCAGCGGUUCAAACGGACUCGGCACGUCUCCGUUGUUAAAUAGCGGUGAGAUGCAAACUCCGCGCUGGUGCUUUGUUUAAUUGCACUUUAGGGAUUUUUGCAGACAGCGCUUUGAUCUCCGGGGUAAACGGGGUCGUGCGCUGCUGACUGCGCUUGUUUUGAUAAUGCAUUCGGAUCUCUGGACUGAAAAGGACGCUGUUUUGUAAUUUUCACCGUUUUGUAUGUUUAUACAUCACGAACUUGGUGCUUUCCGGUACCUGCAAUAUUCUUUGAAGAUGUCAGAUGGAUUAUUUAAAGUUAGUUGUAACAAUGUAAUGCUGCUGACGAAAACCCAAGUGUGCUACGGUAUCGAUGAACUGUUAUAACCGAAGCUCUAGUCGGAGCGCACACAAGUGACUUGUUUUAGUGCUAUUUUUCACUAUUUUUACUCAAUGGAAACGUUUUUGUCUCGGCGUUCACGCUUGCUGAAGAUUACACGCGUAACGCUUUGACUUCCAAUCCUGCAAUUUUUUUCUGUAAAUAUUUUUUCAUACCAUGGCAAGCCCGACUACGGAGCAAGGAUGUUUUUCAGACGUGAAAAAGGUGGGUUAUUUAAGGAAACCCAAAAGCAUGCACAAAAGGUUUUUUGUACUGAGGGCGGCGAGCGCCUCCGGACCGUCCCGACUGGAGUACUAUGAAAACGAGAAGAAGUGGAGACACAAGUCUGGAGCGCCGAAAAGAUCCAUUCCGCUGGAGAGCUGCUUUAACAUCAACAAAAGAGCGGAUUCAAAAAACAAACAUCUCGUCGCGCUUUAUACCAAGGAUGAGUACUUUGCUAUCGCUGCUGACAGCGAGAUAGAGCAAGAGUCAUGGUUCCAAGCCCUAGUUGAUCUUCAUAACAGAGGUAAGGUCCACGAAACUGCCCCGGGCCGUGGAGUUGGCGAGGAUAAUUACGGCGAAGCCACGCCGGGACCUGCCUUUAAAGAGGUUUGGCAAGUUAUAUUGAAACCAAAGGGUCUGGGUCACACAAAGAACUUAAUUGGAGUUUACAGAUUAUGCCUCACCAAUAAGACUAUCAGCUUUGUGAAACUCAAUUCGGAUGCAGCAGCAGUGGUCCUGCAGCUGAUGAACAUUAGGAGAUGCGGUCACUCUGAAAAUUUCUUUUUCAUUGAAGUCGGCAGAUCCGCUGUGACAGGCCCAGGGGAGUUUUGGAUGCAAGUGGAUGACUCCGUUGUGGCUCAGAACAUGCAUGAAACUAUAUUAGAAGCCAUGAAAGCCAUGAGUGAGGAGUUCAGACCCCGCAGCAAAAGCCAGUCAUCUUCUAACUGCUCAAACCCCAUCUCAGUGCCUGUCAGGCGGCAUCAUCACAAUAAUCCUCCCCCUAGCCAAGUUGGCUUAGGCAGGCGCUCUCGGGCGGAGAGUGUGACGGCCACUUCUCCUGUUAGGCCUGGCAAACACAGCCAUUCAUUCAGAGUUAGAGCAUCUAGUGAUGGAGAGGGCACCAUGUCCAGGCCGGCAUCUGUAGACGGGAGUCCAAGCAGCCCGAGCAAUGCCCGACCUCAAUCGCAGCGGUACAGGGGUGGAUCCAGACUUCACCCGCCACUCAAUCACAGCAGAUCAAUACCCACGCCCACCUCACGGUGCUCCCCCUCAGCCAUCAGCCCCGUCAGCCUGUCUUCCAGCAGCACCAGCGGGCAUGGCUCCACAUCUGACUGCCUCUUUCCACGCCGCUCUAGUGCCUCCAUAUCUGGAUCACCCAGCGAUGGCGGAUUCAUCUCCUCAGAUGAAUAUGGAUCCAGCCCCUGUGACUUUCGAAGCUCGUUUCGUAGUGUGACUCCAGACUCACUUGGCCACACGCCACCUGCCAGGGAGGAGGAGAUAAAUAACUACAUCUGCAUGGCAAAACCCGGUUCACUUCCUGGUGCCGGGAGCCAGUCACGGAGCCAAUCCAGAGGAACGCCGUCAAGACUAGAGGAGCCUGAGUUGGAAAAAUGUUUUCGAAAAAGAACUCAUUCUUCCGGUGCUUCACCGCCAACUCCAUGCCAUCAAAAAACUCCCUCACAAUCGCCUGCUGCAUCUUUAGAGGAAUACACUGUGAUGAUGCCUACAUACCCACGAAGCCGCUCUGCAUCAUCGUCAUCAUCAACAUAUAGGCACUCAUUCAUGCCAACACAUUCAUACCCAGAGGAAGGUAUAGAUGCGUCACAAGCAAAAGACGAAAGGGGGCCAGAUCACAAGGAUGACGGCUAUAUGCCCAUGCUGCCAGGCGUUGCGCCUGCAACCCCUGCCGCCAAAAGCAAUGACUACAUGCCCAUGAGUCCAAAAAGUGUGUCUGCACCACAGCAAAUUAUCAACCCCAGGCAACACGCACAUGUCGACUCCAAUGGCUACAUGAUGAUGUCACCAAGUGGCAGCUGCUCUCCAGAUGGCACAACAAACUAUGGCAAGAUUUGGACGAAUGGCAUCAACCCUAAGCUCUCCGUGGAGAGUAUGGAAGGUAAAGUGUCAUCAUGUGGAGAUUACAUAAACAUGUCUCCAGCUAGUUGCUCAACAAGUACGCCUCCAGACUGCUUUUUUAACCCUGUGGAAGAUCCUCCUAGGCCGAUGUAUGCUUACUUCUCUUUGCCUCGCUCAUUCAAACAUGCCAACAGAAAGCAGGAUCAAAGCCCACUUCGAGUGUCACUGGGCUCGAGUCGAUUAGCAUAUGGUGACUCCUCUUCAUCUUCAGCAAGCAGUGACAGCUUGGGUGGUCAAAGCAAUUCGCAGCAGUCUGCUGUCAAACCCAAAAGGUCAGAGGGCAAUGGUAGGCUGACACGUCCAACGCGGCUGUCACUGGACGCCAGCAAAGCAAGUACUCUUCCACGCACACGUGAGAGCCCCUUCCCUCCUGAGCCUAAAAGUCCUGGGGAGUAUGUCAACAUUGAGUUCAACGACAAGGCAUUUUCAGCGAGCUUAGCUUCACUGUUUCCACCUGUUUAUUCAGUAAGUGAUGCUGAGGCCCCGUCAGAUCUUUCAUCAUCCGAGUACAUGAACAUGCAGCUGGGAUCCCAGGCCAGACGGCUGUGCCCAGAAUUGCAGACUUCCACUUCCAGUUCAGAUUAUGCCAUAAUCACACCGUCAAACUCUGUAUCCUCCCCUCCACUGCCAUGUGAGAGCAUAUGUGAGCGUGACUACAUCAGCAUGCAGUUAGCAUCCUGCGCUAGCUUUCCCAACACACAAUUGAUGCUAAUGACCGAGGCCCUGCCAGAUGCAGAUGCCCCUCCUUGUUCUGUAUCACCCAAUCAUGGCGUGACGACAUUAAGUGGCGCUCCUGGGAGACCGGCUCUGAUUAGCCCUUUGUCAGGUCUGAGUGCAUUCACACGGGUUAACUCCACUUCCGGCCGGAACCAGGGCGCUAAAGUAAUACGUGCUGACCCACAGGGUCGACGGCGGCACAGUUCAGAGACUUUUGCAUCUACAACAACCAGUCAGUCAGUCGACACAUCAAGCACCUGUCAAUCAGGUGACGUAAAGCGCCACAGUUCCGCCUCCUUCGAGAAUGUGUGGUUAAGGCCUGAUCAGGCCUCUGCUGCUUCUACCACUCCUUCUGCAUCAACAGUAACCAACGGACGAAGGGAAACUACUUCAGGCCAAAUUCCCACAUUAACAAACCAUGACCAGAACGGCCUGAACUACAUUGAUCUGGAUCUAAUGCAGAAUGGAGAGCAACAUGUUCCUGAUUGGAAUGCUUUCCAGUCUCGGACGGUGGAGCUGGGAGCUGUUGAAGGUAUAGAAGAGCUCAGUGCCUAUGCCAGUAUAAACUUCCAGAAAUCAGAUGAGACCAGAGGGAAUCUCGCACACAGAGAAGAAUGAAGAGUAAAAAUCCGCCGCUGCUUCAAGAUUCAACGCUCAAAAUCUCCCCCCGAUUCACUGCAAGCCGGACCUCAGAAAACUGGACCUUGAUAAACUCACUAACCUCAUUUUUUCCAGGACGCUACCAAAACCAUAUGGACAAAACAGACCUCAAAACAUCACAUAUCCGGACCUCACAAAAUGCUGGAUUUCACCAACCAUAAAUCUCUCUCAGCUGGAUUUUCACUGUGUUCUACACCUACUCAGAUAUUUACUGUUACAGACUCGGUACAAAUCCAUUUCUACUAUGGUAAAAUGCACAGGUACAAGGCAGUAUAAUAGCAAUAGUCUUUCAAACAAUGGUGCAUUAAUAUUUAUGUAAUUGAUGGUACUUUUUUUUAAGUACCCAACGUACGACAGAUGUUUUGGGUACAGGGAUGCUCUACGAAGCAGCCAUAUUGUGUCGGGUUUUUGUCGAUUGUACCUGUUUUCUUUCAGUACUGCCAGAUUACACUUACAGCUCAGUUUCUGCACCCAGUACGAAUGACCUCAAACACCCAGACUUGACCUCAGGACUUUAUGAAAGCGUUUACACACAUACACACACACACACACACACACGCACACACACACACACACACACACACAUACAUACACAUACAUACAUACACACUGUGUUUCAGCACUGUGAGCCGUUACUGACCUCAUGCUGCCAAACACACACUGUGAUGUCUGUCAAACCUUUAUUUUUUAUACUUGGUCAUGUUACAUCCCGCUAAAUUGUAAUAAUAAGCCGGAGUGGAGUUUAUACGGACCCUCAGAGGGCCUUUUUAUUUUGUUUAGUUAUUUUUUAUUUUUAUUUAAAUGUUUUAUUUAAGUCUCAGUUCAAAAACACAAAACAUUUUGGUACUAUUACAUUUUUUCUUUCAUUCUUUAUAUUUUAAAUUUUGGUUUUUCAUUUGUAAACACUUUUUAAUUUUCAAAUUUUAUUUUAAAUUCUGUUUUUCAUAAUUAGAGAUCAUUAUUUCGGUACUAUUCAACUUUUUAAAAUGAAUUUUAUUAAUUAAUUUAAUAAUUUGUAAAGAAUUUUCUUUAUUUUAUUAUUAAACGUUUAUAUUUUCAUGCAAAGUCUGCCAUAUAAUUGUAAUAGAUCUCGAAAAGAGUGUGUACUGACUUCCAAACAAAACAUUUUCACUUUUUUCCCCUCUGAAAUGUUCAUUUAGUUUUACUAAUUUACAAAAAUUAGUAUAUAUGUAUUAGGCAUGGGGUAGGGCUUUGCGAUUAAUCGAAAUCAAAUCAUUAUAUGAAACAUUGCAAUUAACUAAUCUAAACUAAAGAGGCUGUGAUAUGAAAUAUAUAUGUAUUAUAUAAUUUCUCCCACCCAAAGAAAAUGCGUGACUGCCGUCUGUGUGUGUGACAUUCUUACUAGCCAAUUGAGUGAGCACACUUUUGUUCUGGCCAAUUAGAAUUGCCUGACCAAACUAUGCAAAAAGCUCACAAUAAAACAAGCAGGAAAGCGCGGACAAGUGGGAUAAUGGCGUCUGUCGCUUCAGAAGCAUUAUUAGACAAAUUCAUAUCAAAGAAAAACAGCAUGUCGGUAAUAUGGGAAUGUUUUGGUGUCAAAGUCACAGACAUCGAACAAAAAAAGCACCUAAAAAAGCACCACAGGAGGCCAACAGUCAACUAAAAGUAUUGCUAAUGACGCUCAAUCUAGUAGCCAGCAACAGCAAAGUACAGUUUCCGAGUUGUUUGCAGCUGUUACACCAUAUGAAAACACAGCACAAAGGCACCAGGAGAUAACUAAUGCCAUAACUCACUGCUGUUUGCUCUAGAGAAAAAUGAGUGUUUAAUUUCGGAAAAUUUAUAAACAAAUGUUAUCAGUAAGAAGCUACGAUACAGAAUAUUGAGCUGAAGCUUGACUACAAAAUUAAAUCGCAAAUAAAAUUUAAAUCGCAAUAUCUGUUAAAAAAAAUUGCAAUUAGAUAUUUUCCCCAAAUCGCUCAGUCCUAGGCAUGGCCCAGUAUAAGUUUCUGACGGUAUAAUAGCCUUGAAUAAAAAUAUCACAGUUUCAUGGUAUUGUGAUUACUGCUCUAAAAUGUAUUAUUUUAAAAUGUCUGGGUUAAAAAACAACCAUAUUUUCUUCCAUUGAACACAGUAUAUUUUAUUUUAGGAAACAUUUAUAAUAUUUUGAAACCGUAAACAUGUCAGGCUAAAUAAUUGAAAUAUAUGAUAGACAUCUGCUGUCUUCAUUAGAUUCAAUAACACAGAUUUCUUUACAACACAAAUAAAAAAACCCUUACAUAUACCUGAAGAACGGUAUAACAAAAUUUGAGUGGUUUUAAAACCUUCACUUGACCUUGAAACCGGACCUUGAAACUUUGACCGGUGAUCGUCCCAUGUCUAAUAUGUAUAUUAAGUAUAUAUAAUAUAUAUGUUGGCUUCAUCAUUAAACUCCAUCUAAAGUUAAAAUUAACUCCUAUUGCAACAAACUUAAUUCUAUAUAUAUAUUUAUUUAAUUCUAACCCAAAACCCAAAACGUUAAGGUAACUCAAACCAUUUAAGUUCAAAAACUAAUCCUCAUGAGUACUGUGAACUUAAUCCAUUUGAGUAAACGAAGCAAUUUGAGCACAGUAAAACCCAAUAAAUAAAGAGAAGUCAAACCAACUGAGUACUGUAAAACCCAAUAAGUUAAGGUAACUCAAACCGUUUAAGUUAAAAAAACGAAACUACAUGAGUACUGUGAACUUACUCCAUUUAAGUUGAAGUAAUGAGGUAUUUAAUUGCUUAAUUGACAUAAAUCAUAAACUUCUGCUGUCUUCAUUAGUUUCAAAAACACAGAUUUAUUUACAACACAAAUGAAAAACCCUUACGUAUACCUUAAGUAUGGUAUAACAAAAUUUGAGUGGUUUUAAAACCUUGACUUGAUCUUGAAACCAGUUAUCGUCCCAUGCCUAAUAUGUAUAUUAAGUAAAUAUAAUAUAUAUGUUAGCUUCAUCAUUUAAAAUGAACACAAUCAUAUCUCACAGUCCUGCUUACAACAGAUUGAAUUUUUCGUUAUUAUCCAAUUUGGCAACUAUCAUUACAGUAGAGAUUUUGUUGAUAAGAGGCGGACUAUUUUUUUAGCGAUUAUUACUAUUGCGCUAACUUCUCAAGCGCAUAAGAGGCCUUAUAGCCCUGGUUGGGCUAAAAAUAAAGCUCAAGCAGCUACAUUUAUUGAUGUGUAAAUCCCAUGACUGAACUAAUGUUUUUGAUCACAGUGUAUCACCAAUAGUUGGUCAAACCGAACAAAAGCUUGCAUAGUUCCAUAUAAUAAAUGAACAUCUGAAAGCAAGUGGAUUUUCACAGGCAGCAGUUCUGUUUUUUUUCUGCUGUUAAGCCUUGGAAGCCAGUCAAAGGUGCUCGCAACCUUUAUUUAGGCUGUUUAAUUUCCUCUCGGUUGUUACUUUGAUUUCAUACGGUUUAUUUUCUGCUUAAAAUAACUUGCUGUGGCGAUGAUGGUACGGUCCCAGCAACAGGUGUACAAUGUCUGUCAUGUUUGCUGCUGAAAUGAAACAAACAAUGAACAAUCUGUAAAUUAUUGAAUAUAUAGAAAUGUUGUUCUUGGUUCUCUUUUAAGAGUAUUUAACAUUUCACGGUUGGUGUUUCAUUAUCCUUUUUGUUUUGCCUUUAGAUUAUCGACACGUAUUUUUAAAAUGUGUCAACUCUUUUUAAACAGAUUUUGUGGGGAAUAUUUUCUUUUAUAGCAGAAAAACCAUGUAUAAUCCAAUAUUUCGGAGAGAAUGGUACGUUUCCUUAAUUAUUUUUCAAUACAAAAAUUCUUAUUAAUGUAAACCUGCACAUCAGGGACGUCCCUUCUCAAAUGGAAUCGCUUUUGGAAAGCUGUUACAGUUUUUUAGAGCUCUGAUUGGCUGACACAGUGGUGCUCCCGUAACCUGAUAGGCUGCUCUAAAGGUUGCCUGUCAUAUGAUAGGUCGCAGUUGUGGAUUUAGCACCCUGCGGUUGUGUUGUGAUACAGGGUGUGGGGCAUCACUCCUGCAACAUCUCCUUUGUAAAUAAUGUAUUGUACAAAAGAAAACCCGUGAUUGGUUGAUAUUGGACUGCGUGGUGCUUGAAGCAAGCAGAUUGACUGGUUGUCUCGAAUGAAUCGAAAUGUGUAAACAAUAUGAGUGUAUGUACAGAUGAGUGGAUGUAUGCACAUGUAAACAAAUAUGUCUGUUUUAAUGAAUGAAUGAAAUGAUCAGCAGUAAGGAGAGGGCUUCCUCGCCACCCCUAUUUUAAUAGAAUGGUGUCUUCUGGAUCCUUGACGUGUAAUAAAGUAGAAGCGCUUAUCUUUUCUGAA